AGCCCCACCGAGGCCUGAGCCAUGGCGGAGCUGCAGCAGCUUCAAGACUUUGAUAUCCCCACGGGCCGAGAGGCCCUGCGGGGUAACCACAGCGCCCUGCAGCGGGUGGCCAACUACUGCGAGGAUAAUUACCUGCAGGCCACGGACAAGCGGAAGGCACUAGAGGAGACCAUGGCUUUCACCACCCAGGCCCUGGCCAGUGUGGCCUACCAAGUGGGUAACCUGGCUGGGCAUACCCUUCGAAUGCUGGACCUCCAGGGUGCUGCCCUACGGCAGGUGGAAGCCAGGAUCAGCACGCUGGGCCAGAUGGUGAACAUGCAUAUGGAAAAGGUGGCCCGAAGGGAGAUCGGCGCGUUAGCCACUGUCAUGAGGCUGCCCCCUAGCCAGAAGGUCAUCCCCCCUGAAAGCCUGCCUCCCCUCACUCCCUACCACAGAAAACCCCUCAACUUCACCUGCCUGGAUGACAUUGGCCAUGGUGUCAAGGACUUGAGCACGCAGCUGUCGCGGACCGGGACCCUGUCUCGCAAGAGCAUAAAGGCGCCAGCCACACCUGCCUCGGCCACGCUGGGGAGACCACCCCGGAUCCCCGAGCCGGUGCAGCUGCCGGCCGUGCCGGACGGCAAGCUCUCCGCUGCCUCCUCUGCCUCUUCCUUGGCCUCGGCAGGCAGUGCCGAGGGUGCCAGUGGGAUCCCCCAGUCCAAGGGACAGGUAGCACCUGCCACCCCGCCUCCUCCACCUGUGGCACCUGCGACCCCGCCUCCUCCACCUGCGGCACCCGGGACUCCGCCCCCUCCACCCAUCUCUGCGGAGGUCUUCCUGCCUCCCCCUCCGCUGGAGGAGUUAUUCCAGCCCCCUCCGGCAACAGAGCUGCUCCUGCCCCCGCCUCCAGCUCUGGAGGGGGAUGAACUGGGGCUGCUGCCUCCGCCCCCACCGGGUUUUGGACCAGACGAGCCCAGCUGGGUCCCUGAUGCCUACUUGGAGAAAGUGGUGACCCUAUACCCAUACACCCGACAGAAGGACAAUGAGCUCUCCUUCUCCGAGGGCACCCUCAUCUGUGUCACCCGCCGCUACUCGGAUGGCUGGUGUGAGGGCGUCAGCUCAGAGGGCACCGGAUUCUUCCCCGGGAACUAUGUGGAACCCAGCUGCUGACAGCCCAGAUCUGUCCCUACACCAACCCAGCACUGCCUCAGGGGGCCCCGUGAACCCCGAGAAGCCAGCUUCCACAGUCAAAGCUGGAGCGCCUGUCUACCUCUUGGGCUGUGGGACUGUGUCCAUGUUCAGCCCCUGCACCACACCGCAGAGGGAAGGGGGUGCUUAGAGAGGGCGUGGUACUCAGGAGAAAAAAAAAAAAAAACCAAAAUACCCUAAACUAGGAGGCAAGUUCAGGCACCUUGCCCAGAGGACCCCUGGCUCAUGCAGAGCAUAUUGACAGCUUUGAAUAAAACUCUUGUUGACCUCCU